AUGUUUACUUUACAAUGUCAAUCAGCUAGAGAUAUUCAAAAUCAUUCAUACUUUCCAGCUGAAGAUGAAGUACUACUAAUGGCUGCAACUCAAUUUAAAGUAAUGGACUGUCUUACUCAAGGUGAUCUUCAUAUUAUUCAAUUGGAAGAAACGAUUCCGCCAUUUCCACUCCUACAACCCGUGUCUAACGCUGUUUCGCCACCGAUCAAAUCCAUUCUAUCAAGUAAUAUUCCUGCUAAUUCCACGUGGGUACAGAACGGAGUGACUAUUGCUGGAGGUAACUGGGGUGAGGGUGCCACUAAUCAACUCAGCUUGCCUUAUGGUCUCUUCGUUGAUGAUGAUCAAACAGUGGUUAUUGCUGACUGGGAGAAUCAUCGCAUCACCCAAUGGAAGAAAGAUGAUAUCACGAAUGGACAAGUUGUUGCUGGUGGGAAAGGCAACGGAAAUGGAUUACUUCAAUUGAAAUAUCCAACAGAUGUAUUAAUUGACAAAGAGACGGAUAGUCUCAUUAUAUGUGAUGGAGGAAAUCGACGAGUUGUACGAUGGUCUCAUCGUAGUGAUACAACACAAGGUGAAAUACUCAUCGACAACAUCGAUUGUUUUGGAUUAGCAAUGGAUGAACAGAGAUAUCUCUAUGUUACUGACUACGUAAAACAUGAAGUAAGACGAUAUCAAUUGGGUGACAAGAAUGGCACUCUCGUAGCUGGUGGAAAUGGUGAAGGUAAUGGUCUUAAUCAACUCAACUGGCCGACAUAUCUCUUUGUCGAUCGACAGCAGACUGCCUACGUAUCAGACAGCAACAAUAACCGUGUGAUGAAAUGGAAUAAAGGUGCCGCAGAAGGCAUUGUGGUCGCUGGAGGACAAGGCCGAGGGAAUGCUCUGACACAAUUGUAUUAUCCUCAAGGAAUCUUCGUUGAUACGUUGGGUACAUUCUAUGUAGGAGAUUCAUGGAAUCAUCGUGUAAUGCGGUGGACUCAAGGAGACAAGAAACAAGGCGCUGUAAUUGUGGGUGGAAAUGGUCAAGGAUCAGGAGCAAAUCAGUUCAACAGCCCAUUUGGUUUGUCUUUCGAUCGACAUGGUAAUCUCUAUGUCGUCGAUAUGGGUAAUAAUCGUGUUCAACGAUUUUCUAUCGAAUAA